GUCAGAGGCCCUUCCUAAACGACAAUCGAGCUCAGCUGAUUCAAGGACUUGCUGUUGAAGGGCUCUGCUGCGUUAAUAGACGAUAAAUAUGUCGUCCCCCAGCGCUGGAAAACGACGUAUGGACACGGACGUUCUCAAAUUAAUAGAAAGUAAGCAUGAAGUGACGAUAUUAGGAGGAUUAAACGAAUUUUCCGUCAAAUUCUACGGACCACGGGGAACACCUUACGAGGGUGGAAUAUGGAAAGUGAGGGUUCACUUACCCGAGCACUACCCCUUCAAAUCUCCUUCGAUCGGCUUUAUGAACAAGGUGUACCACCCUAACAUUGACGAAGUCUCAGGCACCGUGUGUCUAGACGUAAUAAACCAGGCUUGGACUGCCCUUUACGAUUUGUCAAAUAUAUUCGAGUCCUUCCUGCCCCAAUUGUUAACAUAUCCUAAUCCAAUCGACCCUUUAAAUGGCGAUGCAGCGGCCAUGUAUUUACACAAACCUGAGGAGUACAAGAAGAAAGUAGCAGAUUACGUGAGGAAAUACGCAACUGAGGAGGCGCUAAGGGACCAGGAGAACAGCGGUACUGAAAACGGGGUGUCGUCCGAUAGCGAGUCUUCGAUGAGCGACUUCAGCGAGGAUGAGGCGCAGGACAUGGAGUUGUAACCAAAUAUUUUACCAUCCGUACCCAUAUCCUUAAUCUCGAUUUCUUGUAAACUCCGACCGCUCGUCCUACCAAAUAGAUGCUUACAUUUCGAACCUCCAAACCUCACUAUCGGUUUAGCUGCGUGGCACACUCGUCACUUUGUUUCGUAGGGAACGUUGAACCGCGACCAGGUUGUCCGUUAAUGAAUCGGGAGGUAAAAAGAAAAGAAAAAAGAUAAAAGGGAACGCAUACAUAAACGAAAGAAGAGAAAAUGAAAAGGAAACGAAAUUUGAAGGAAAAGAGAAAGUACGAGAAUGAUGAUGUAUACGUAGAGAAAAGGAUAUCGCUUUUGAAGUUCUCUUUACGCGAGAGAUUGGCGCUCUCGUCGUCGCCGUCGUGUUUUUCAACGAGGGACGUUGACGAGAAAAAUGAUACGCGCCGUUUUCGAGAAAGAAACACCUCGUUUUUUUGCAUUUUUUUUUUUGAUUUUCUUCUUUUAAAUUCACGGCUUUGCUACCGAUUGAUCGAACGUCGAUACCUUCUGAUUGUUGGAGAUCUGGCAUCGAUCGAACAGUCGCGAAUCAUCGUGCGUCGUUGACGUUUCGUUUAACGAUUGUACGCGCGGUUGCGCCGUCAAAUUCUACGAUGAAUUAUUCUAGAAAAAUUGUUUCUUUUCUUUUUUUUUUCGUUGAAUGUUUUUGUUCGAUUAUUCCUCCACGUUUCGAAUUCUUCGUCGAUCUCCCUCUGGUUCUUUCUCUUUCUUUUUUUCCCCUUCCCGAUCGAGUCGAGUCAGAAACAGACAGUCUUGGGGCGUUAAAAAGAACGAUGCACGAACAUGAAAGAAAGAUCACGUUCGCUCGACAAGUAUGUAUAUCUUUCGGAUGUCGUAAUUCACAUUACGCUUGUUAUUCUCUGUCUCUCUGUGCGCUCUCGUUAUUCGUACAGGUGCCACGAGCAAGCACGAUAUAGAUCUCGAAUCAACAUCGAUUUCGAAUAAACAUUCGUUUCACGUGUUUUCGAAAAUGCUUGCUCGUAGAGUAACGACUCUUUUGUAAUUUGCACGAUAAUUUGUCACGAAACUAUUGCAUCGUAUUUGAAAUUGAUAGGAUUCGUACGUUUGUAACUACACGAAGAGUUAACGAUGCUAUGAAACUAAAGAAAAAAGCUAUUGUUUUCCGCUCGUUUAACAUUCAAAUUAAUUAUUUCUUUUUCUUCUUUGCCGUGGCUCAAAAUAUCUAUCUGGUUAUUAGACGAUCUCUUUUCUUUUUUCUUAUGUUCAUAAAAUGAAUUAUCUUGCGAAAGAGAAACAAAAAAGAAAAAGCGAAAUGGAAAAUAGGAUACUAGGUGCGUCUUCCUCUUUCUGUUCUGUCAUCACCAUCCCUGAACGUUUCCCUCGUAGGGCGCAGCAACGAGAAAAGGCUUCGUCAACAGUGUUGAAGACACUGACAAAUCUACGAUAUAAACGGCGUUUAAGUAGCGAUGUUAAUGUCGGGACAUCCCAGCCACAGUUGAAAUCUGCACGGUCAACGUUUUUCGACGGAAGGGAAACGAUCGAAGACACUGGUCACUUACGAACGACCUCGGCCUCCUGUCUCGAGACACACGCGAACACAUCGAACGUACGAAUUUUCAGAGAGUUGCGAGAGGACAACGACGCGGCGUACACACCGGAGUUGCGUCAGUAUUCGGAAAUGGACGUAGAUUUCAUUCACUCGGGAGGAAGUAGAAGCAAUCUGGAUACAACCGUCUAACGGCUCAUCGCGAAAAUUUCUCUGGUGAUAUUCUCACGAUUAUUUUAUCAUAAAAAAAGCAAGAAAAAGAACAAAAAAAAGAAGAAAAAGAGAGAAAAAGAAACAAAUGACUUUAGAGCAAUUAAUAUUGUUUGUAUAAGGAUUUUUCUAAACGCAUGGUAUGAAAAGUUUUUCCAAAUUUUUAAUCGAAACGAGAGAGUCGCUUGUAAGAGAGAAAAAUGACUUCAUUCGAGCGCCGUGGCGUAUGUAAUAUUUUAUUUGUGUCAAAUAAGAAAGGAUGGAAAAAGGAAAAAAUUUUUUUGAUACAAUCGAUAUUUUUUAGAGGUAACUUUAAACUGCGCGUUCAUGCAAGUCGUAUUCAUGCAUCGUGUUUUUUCUUUUUUUUUUUUAAUUCUAUCGACGUUCGGCUUAAUCGAGAGAACAAAGCGCAUACGGCGUGAAAGUCUGGGACAGAAUUGGCGAGAAGUAAAGGAAAUCAAUGGAUGAUAGAAGAAUAUUUAGUGGAAGUGAGGAAUCGUUUCUUUUUUCUGAUGAUGCGAAAAGGCUUGUAGCAAACGGGAGAACAUGAAUUUGUACAAAUCUUGGUGCACAAUAAUCUUCGUUUAGUUGUAACUCGCUUCAAACUGAUCUCUCUCCUUUUGCGUGGUUUACGUAUAUGCAAUACGAUCAACUAUACGUGCAAGUAUAGAAAAUGAUAUUUUAGUGCCUUCUCAGGCAGAAAAUUGUGCCUUAUUACAUGGGUCUCUGUAAAAAAAAAGAAAAGAAAAAAAAAGAAAGAAGAAUGAAAAUCUUAUUGGUAAACAUAUUCGGUGGAAAAAAAACAAAGAGCAUUAAUUAAACAAACACAAACACACACAUCAAUAAUUAAAUCAAUCGCUUGGAAGAACGUAAAACUAAUACAGCGUGUGCUUUUAUUUUCGAAUAUUGAGAUAACGUUGAAGAACAAUGUUAAGCUUUGUGUAAGUCUUUUUUUCUCUUUUAAAGAGUGUUCGGCUAGUUGGGAAUGCGAUGUCAGAGAGAAAUAUUAUUAGAAAGAGAAAACAAAUAGAAAAGAAAGAGGAAAGGAUACGAGGAUAGAGAAUAAAUUUUACCAAAAAUGUUUAUAAGAAAAAUCGAAAUUUCUUGUCUGUAUUCUUGCAAUAGGUUCACUCCUUAGUUUUUAACGAAUAAAUUUAAUAUUAUCGUUCUAUUAUUACUCGUAGUAAUGGGCGCGGUUAUCGUUUCAUUUAUGUCAACGCAUUGUUUUUUAUGCGCUUUCAUUCGUCUAUGAUUUAGAGAUUUCGCAUAUUUGAUUUCUUAUUUUCAAAGAGUCGCGAACGUUGUCAAGAUUGUCGAAUCUUGAUAAUUCUCCCUUCUUUUAUUUAUUACGCGGUUUUAAUUUUAAUUGUGCCAAGGGACGAGUCGUGAAAUUCGUAAAAAGCGAUAGCUGCGUCCACACGUUUUUAAUUGUUACGCAAUCUUUCCUUUUUAUUUAAGGAAAUAGAAUAUAUUUACGUGGAAGUAAAACAAGAAAAUGGAUGAAAAUAAUACUGUCAUUCAGAAUUUACAAUUAUUUAUGAUUAUUUAAGACGUGCUUUCAUGGUAUUUUUUCGUAUGAUUCGCAGUGGCUCUAUACGUUGGUGAAGUGUAUAGCAAUGUAUUUACUGAUUAGAGAAAUGAUUAUUAAAAUGGAGUGAAACUGA